AAGUCAGAAGAGAAAAGCCAGCGACGCCGACGGAUGUCCUAGUCCAAAUCAUUGUCAAGUUUGCAACCAAAGUAUAAAGUCAUAGCUAUAAAACGUCUAGAGAGGUAUUAAGAAAUGGCAGAAGAUGAGGUUUUCACUUUUCGUGAUGCAAAACCAACCCCGGACAUAUAUCACGUAUACGAUGAUUCUCUGAAGGGAAAUAAUGCACCGGCAUUAGUGUUGGAUCAUGGAUCUUACCAUUGUCGUGCUGGGUGGGCUGUUGAUCCUAAUCCAAAACUGACAUUCAGGAACCUCAUGGCAAAACUUAGAAAGGAGAAAGGAAAAUCAGAUGUGGAAAUUUUGGUAGGAAAUGAUAUUGCCAAUUUUGAGGCAGUUCGUUUUCAGUUGAAAUCUGCAUUUGAUCGUGAUGUCAUUACUCAGAUAGACACAGUGGAAACAGUAUUUGAUUAUGCUUUUUCUCACUUGGGAAUUGAUACAGAAGGUUCAGUUGAACAUCCUUUGGUAUUGACUGAAGCUGUAUGCAAUCCUUCUCCUGCAAGGCAGUUUAUUAAUGAACUAUUAUUUGAAUGUUAUCAAGUACCAGCUGUCUCAGUGGGAAUAGAUGCUCUUUUUAGUUUACAGCAUAACUUUUCCAAACCUUGUGUUGAUCUUCCUACGUCCCUUGUGGUGCGACUCGGAUAUCAAACGACGCAUAUCUUGCCAAUUAUAGGGGGUAAAUGUGAUCCUCAAGGAAUACGUAGAAUAAAUUUGGGUGGGCUUCAAAUGAUUUCCCAUUUGCACCGCUUACUUCAACUUAAGUAUCCGUCUCAUUUGUCAUCCGUAACAUUUAGUCGAGCAGAGGAGCUUAUACAUGAUUAUGGGUACAUAGCUGAAGAUUAUCUGGAAGAACUUAGCAAAUGGGCUGAUGGUGACUUCUAUGAUAUGAAUGUUCGCAAAAUCCAACUACCAUUUACUCCAGCUCCUACGGCGGCUGAAACUAGUUUGAAUCUAGAGCAACAGCAACAACGUAGAAAAGAAAAUGUUAAAAGGCUGGUCGAAAUCAAUGCGAAGAAACGCGAGGAGCGAUUGGCAUUAGACGAAGAACGUUUGGAAACGUUGCAGAUUAUUCAGCACCAGUUGGCAGAAGUGGAUGAUGCUUUGGCGGUAAAAUUACUAAGACAAGCAGAAAUUACCGACGAACACCAUUUGGAACAAGAAAUUCAGAACUUGCAAGAUCGUGUGUCCAGGACACGGCAAAAAAUGGCUACCGCUGCAGCUAAUCAAAAUGAGGAAGGGGAACCAAAAAAACCGACGGAAACGGCCGAAUUCCAGGAAUGGUUAGAAGGUAUCCGCAAACAGAGAACAGAGAUCCUUUCUCGAAGAAGAGAAAGGCAGCAACGUCGUCAGGAACUUACGAAACGAAAAUCUGCAGCCGCGCAAGAAAGGAUGCGUAUAUUAAGUAUGCUUGCAAAAAGUGGGGGAACCGGACCAGGCAAGAAAAAGGAGGACACUUUCGGUAUGAAGGAUGAAGAUUGGGAUAUUUACAAAGCUGUUAGCAAAGACGGAGGAGGAUCCGACAGCGAAGCAGAACAAGAAAAAUUAAAUGACCUCGAAUCUGCGUUGAAGCGAUAUGACCCCAAUUUCAAGAACUACAGUGGUGGUUCUUCGAAUGUCGGCGAAGGCGGUGCAGGUGGUUUCGUUCCCACAGCUGAGUUUUAUCAGCUUCAUAUUGGUACCGAGCGCAUUCGAGCUCCUGAGCUAUUCUUUCAACCUAGUUUUAUUGGCUCUCAUCAAGCCGGCAUUUCCGAAACUAUCGACUACGUCGUAAAACUUUACGACUCAGAAACACAGCUUCGUCUGGUAAAUAACGUAUUCGUCACUGGAGGGUGUGCCAAUAUUCCUGGUUUACUGCCAAGACUGAAAAAAGAUCUCUUAUCGAUGCGACCGUUUGAAUCUCCUUUUAACGUAAAUAUUGCGGCCGAUCCAGCCGGAGAUGCGUGGAAAGGGGCGCGUGAUUUUGCUAGAGUUGCGACACCGUCCGCCUACCUUUCUCGAUCCGAAUAUCAAGAAUGCGGCGCACACUAUUUCGUCGAGCAUCAUGCGUCGAACAGGCGAUUUGCAUUGACUAAACAGUGAACCGUGACCUCAUUUCGUUGGAUCCAUCGUGUAUUUUACGUACAAUUUUAAACUUUCUACAUAUUUCUGGUUCAGCCAGAUAAAUGUCAAAGUUUAUCUAAUAGUUUUUAUUUAAUGAGUCAUUGAACCAAUUUA